CCAGCCCUGCCCAUUCCGCAUCGCCUACACUGAAAACCUCGCAGCACAGCAAAUUACAAUCCUAGCACAAGCACCGCUGCCCACACCAAUCGCUCGGAGAUUAACCAAGCGAGCGCGCUUAAUCAGCGAAGCACGCGAAUUAACACACCAGCGAUCUUUAAUUUGUAGUGUGUGUGAGGGAGAGUUUGCAUUUAGAAGAGAGAUGGCGCUCAACGGCGGGAAGACGUACGUGCAGGACGAGGAGAAGCAGCGGCUGCUCCUGGAGGAGCACACCGAGAAGCACUUCACCGCCGGAGAGGUCGUCCGGGACAUCAUCAUCGGCGUCUCCGACGGCCUCACCGUGCCCUUCGCGCUCGCCGCGGGGCUCUCCGGCGCAAACGCCUCCUCCGCGCUCGUGCUCACCGCCGGGCUCGCGGAGGUCGCCGCCGGCGCCAUUUCCAUGGGGCUCGGAGGGUACCUGGCGGCGAAGAGCGAGGCAGACCACUACAACCGCGAGCUGCAGCGCGAGCAGGACGAGAUCGACACUGUCCCCGACGUCGAGGCUGCCGAGAUCGCUGACAUCCUGUCGCAGUACGGGCUGGGCCCCGAGGAGUACGGCCCCGUGGUGACCUCCCUCCGCAACAACCCCAAGGCGUGGCUGGAGUUCAUGAUGAAGUUCGAGCUCGGCCUCGAGAAGCCCGAGCCCCGGCGGGCGCUGGUGAGCGCCGCCACGAUCGCGCUCUCCUACGUCGCCGGCGGGCUCGUGCCGCUGCUCCCCUACGUGUUCGUGCCGCGCGCCGAGCGCGCCAUGGCCGUGUCCGUCGCCGUCACGCUCGCCGCCCUGCUCUUCUUCGGCUUCGUCAAGGGCCGCUUCACGGGCGACCGGCCGUUCCUCAGUGCCGUGCAGACCACCGUCGUCGGCGCGCUCGCCUCCGCCGCCGCCUACGCCAUGGCCAGGGCCGUGCAGUCCAUAUGAUGAUCAUCAGCGAUGAAGGAAGCAGCUAGUAGUAAUUAAGCCUGGCUACUUGCUAAUUAUAUAUAUGCAGAUGCAACGAGGAACGAAAAUAAGUCCAGCUAUGUGUAUGUGGCUAUAUACGGUCACUACUGGUCGGCUGGUAGCUGUGCAGAUGGCAAGGUGUAGUGCAACUGUACUACUGGUAGUGUAUUCUGUUUGCUGGUUGCGUGUAGUGAGUGUUUUAAAUGUUGUGUUGUGUUGUGUUGUGUUGUGUUGUAAGGAGAUGUGUGGAUUAUUUAGGCGAAAUCAAAGUAUGGGCUGCUGGGCUUUGGAUCGACUGUCAA